AUGUGGUCUUCUUCUUCUUCUUCUUCCUUAGACAAUAACUCUGAACCUUCUUGCUAUGGAGCUUCUUCUACCCAUCAAUGGAGCCCAGGAGGUAUUUCUUUGAAUGGUGUGAGCUUGAGUCAAAACUAUAACAGUGAGAUGUUAAACACAACAGAUCACAACAACAACACAAGUGAAUGUAUGAGUCUCUCUAACAUCCACAAUCACUCGUUGCUCCAACAGCAAGACUUUCCUUUACAAUGGCCUCACGACCAAUCUUCCUAUCAUCAUCAUGAAGGAAAUCACAAGAUCAAAGAAGAGUUUUCCUCAUCAACUACCCCAGACCACCAACAAGGCAUGCCCAAGUUCACAGACAUGUUAAACAGUCCAGUGAUCACAAACUACUCGAAGAUCAAUGAACACAAGGACUACACUGAAAAGCUUCUUCUCAAUACUAUAUCUUCUAGGUUCCCCAUCAAUGGAGAUUAUACCAGCAGCCUUCCAUCAUCAUCUUCUUCUUCUUCUUCACCUUCAUCUCAGUCUCAUAGAGGCAGCUUCAGUCAGAUAUACCCAAGCGUGAACAUAUCUAGCUUGAGCGAGUCUCGGAGGAUGAGCAUGGACAUGACCAACAUCCCAAGACCAUUCGAUAUGAACAUGCAAGUUUUGGAUGGGAGAUUGUUUGAAGGGAAUGUCUUAGUUCCUCCUUUAAAUUCUCAAGAGAUUAGUAAUCUUGGGAUGAGUAGAGGAAGCUUUCCUCCUUUUGGCCUCCCUUUUCAUCAUCAUCUGCAGCAAACACUUCACCCUUCUUCUUCCCCUACUCAUCAAAUGGAAAUGUUCAGCAAUGAAGCUCAAGGAAGCGAAGGGAAGAGACAUAACUUCUUGAUGGCAACAAAGGCAGGCGAAAAUGCUUCCAAGAAACCCCGCGUGGAAUCACGCUCCUCUUGCCCACCCUUCAAGGUGAGGAAAGAGAAGUUAGGAGACAGAAUAGCAGCUCUGCAGCAGUUGGUUUCACCCUUUGGGAAGACUCUAAGCGUCCCCUACAUGAGAGCAUCUAGGAACCGACCAGGAAAAGUCUCCCCACUGGGCUCAUUACCACAAGAAGGGGAUGAGGAAGAGACGAGGGAUCUAAGAAGCCGUGGGCUAUGUCUCGUGCCAUUAUCAUGCAUGACUUAUGUUACCGGAGAUGUUGGUGAUGGAGGAGGCGGUGUUGGUAGUGGCUUCUGGCCAACGCCACCUGGUUUUGGUGGCGGAACUUAA